CUCCAUGAGCCUCCAGCGGAGGAUCGCUAUGUCACUGCGUCCGUCCACAGCGAGGCGCAAACAGCUGACAUCGUGCUGAGCGUUUGACUUGAUGCGGCAGAGCAGCGAUAUUUGCACUUUAAUUUUAACUUAUGUGUUUAGAAUAAUGUGAGAAUGUCCAUACGACCGAGGACUGACGACGGGAUGCUGACUUCUCCGGCUGUUCUCCGAGCAUCGAACGUGGACUGCGACGACGGAGCCGAGGAGGUUUCCCUGGAAGAAAUCCUCACCUUGUACAGCCAGCCGAUCAACGAGGAGCAGGCGUGGGCCGUGUGCUACCAGUGCUGCAGGACAUUAGCGCAGAAACGGCGGAGGAAAAGCUCGAAGUGUGUCGGUGCUUCAGCCGCCGACGGCGCGAGGAGGAUCGACGGACCCGGUGACGUGUGGAUCGGGAGAGACGGUGCUGUCAAACUGCACUUUAAAGAACGCACAGAUCUGUACAAAUCAGCGCACACGUCAUUAGAGGUUAUUGAUUCGCUUGGCGUGAUGAUCUACAAAGCGCUGGAUUAUGGGCUCAAAGAGCAUGAGGAACGUGAACUCAGCCCACCACUGGAGCGCCUGAUAGACUUGAUGACUAACAGUGAAGCAGCCAAGUGCGACCCCUGUCCCGAUGAAGGAUACGAGGCCACAGAGGAAGAAGAUGAUGAGGAGGAGGGGGAGGAGGAGCCUGCCUUUGCUACCACAAACACCACAAUCAGCCACGUUCGUAGCUACCAAGACAUCAUUAUGCUGUGUUCCUCUCACCUGCCAAGCCCGUCUGAUGCCCCCAAUCAUUACCAGGCUGUGUGCCGUGCUCUCUAUGCUGAGACCAGAGAACUGCACAGCUUCCUGGAGAAAAUCAGAAGUGCCAAGGAGAACCUUCGGAAAAUGGAAGGGGAGACUCGUGAGGAACCUGUUAAAGACCUGACGGAGCUACAGAAUUCAGACUGGGCACGUUUCUGGGUGCAGGUCGUGCAUGAUCUUCGCAAUGGUGUUAAGUUGAAGAAGGUUCAAGAGCGCCAGUACAAUCCGCUACCGACUGAAUACCAGCUCACUCCCUAUGAAAUGUUGAUGGAUGACAUCCGCUCCAAACGAUACAAUCUACGCAAAGUUAUGGUAAAUGGUGACAUCCCACCCCGGUUAAAGAAGAGCGCCCAUGAGAUCAUUCUGGAAUUCAUCAGAUCACGACCUCCUCUGAAUCCUGUUUCAGCCCGUAAAUUAAAACCUUAUCCCCCACGGCCCCAGAGCCUCCACGAGAAAUUACUGGAAGACAUCAAAGCCGAAAGGAAGCUCCGGCCCGUCUCACCGGACAUGAUCCGCAGAAACCGCCUGGGCGCAGGGAAGAGCAUCAGCACCCCUCAGGACUUGUUCCGCAACUCAGACACCCCUAAUACACGUCGAAAGUUGACUGUGAGCACCCAGUCCCUGGCCAGUGACACUACGGACAUGGUGGACGGGGUGCAACCAUUUGGCCAGAGGAAAAGGCUGCUGAAGGCACCCGCGCUUGCUGAGCUGGAAUGUUCUGAAUCUGAUGAGGAGCCCACACAGAGCAGCUCCAGCAUGUCCACAUCUCUGUUGGAGGACACAUCUCCUGAAUGUGUUACAGGGAAGAACGUUCAGCCAAAGUUCCUACCAGUAACUGCAAUUCCUCAGCCGGCGAGGCAGCGGACCCCGCAGAGACGGCACCCUGUUGAGGAGACGCCCACCGGUGUUCGCCACUUUGCACCUCCAUCCAAGUCUUUGGUGGAAGCUGCCAGUGGUUCUCAGGGAACGGUAUGUUGCUGCUACCACCUCAUCAGUGUCAUCAAGAUGGAUUACAGUUGUUUGUAUGGGAGAACCAUAACACGCUGGGAGGAGUUCUUCUACACUGCAGAAUGCUUAACUUUGACAGUAGAGGAGGUGAUGCACAUCAGGCAAGUUCUGGUCAAGGCUGAAUUGGAGAAGUUUCAGCAGUAUAAAGAAAUCUACAAUGCACUCAAAAAAGGAAAGCUUUGCUUUUCAUGCCGGACCAAGAAGUUUUCUCUCUUUACCUGGUCUUACACCUGCCAAUUCUGCAAAAGGCCUGUUUGCUCCCAGUGCAGUAAAAAGAUGCGACUUCCAUCUAAACCCUAUUCCACAUUACCAAUCUAUUCUCUGGGGGCCAGUGCUAUGGUUAAAGAAGAGACGAGCACAGCCUCUGCUUCUCCUGAGCCAGAAAAGCACUCGUUUGGGUCCGGACCUAAUCGACACAGCUUUCGCAGAAGCGUUCACAAGCCGUCCAAACAUGGCAGCAGAUCUCAGGAUGAGCCUGAGCUGCCCAAGGAGCUGACUGAGGACUGGGUCGCCAUGGAUGUAUGUGUAGACUGUAAAAAGUUCAUCACAGAGAUCAUCUCCUCCAGCAAGCGCAUGCUGUCCGCGGCCACCAAGCGUGUACAUCUCCAUCGCAAAACCCAUUCCUUCUACAUGUCGUCAUCUCGCUCUGCUAGCUUCAGGCCCAACGAGCACGCCGUCAACGAGGUGUAGACGGCAGGACCGCCGUCUUCUCGUUUCUCCUUUUAUUCACUACUUCUUCCAGAGUAUAUUCUUUCAUAGAGUCCCAACAUUUUCUAUUUUUGACACUGGCUGCUUAUAUUAAUAUAUCUAUAUGUUCAUUGCAGUGUUUGUAAAUGGUAAUUUAAUAAAGAUCUAAAGUGACAUCGAAGCCAGCCUGUUCUACCCCAAUGUUGGUCAAGAUCCUCUUAUUUUACCCCUCUCAGGAAAGGUUAGAAUGCUGACUAAAAAUGACUGGUUAGCACUCUCCGUUUUUUUCUUAAGUGAUACUGAUAUUCAGGGUAGCAACGGGCGAACUGGACAUGUCGAGCUGCUGAUACUUUUUUGAACCAGGUUAUCAAGAAUGUAUAUUUGAGAGCAGAGUGGGAUCAGAUGAUACGGUAAGCCAAAUGAUGUGGUGUAAAUACUAGAACAGCCCAUCCUAAUUUCAAAAAGAUACGUUUUGUAUUUCCUGUUUACUUGUAGCACUCAGGAUGAAGAACCGAUUUGUCCUUUGACAGAAAUGCACUGUAGCGCCUCCUAUCAGGUCUGCUGGGGUAGAGCUCUACCACGAUCCUGCUUUUCUUAUUCUUCCAGCAUUAGUUAUGCCAAAUGCAACAUCAUUCAUGCUAUUUUGUCAUGGUACAAUGAUAAAGGUUUUAUGGGAAUUUUCAGAUGUGGAGCUCAACGCUUACUUGACGUUACAUUGACGUCGUUGUGUUAGCAUGCUUGUGUGUGUGUGUGUGUGUGUGUGUGUGUGUGUGUGUGUGUGUGUGUGUGUGGUGAUACAUUGAUAGUUAUCUUUGGUAUAUACAGUCAUGCUAACAGAGGUUGAUGCUAACAUUUAGCAAAAACCAUGAAGCGACGAUGCUAACUAUGUUAGCACUACAGCCUAGUUGCAUUGCCUAUUCUCAUUUAACCCCCACUUUUAAGAGUAAAGAGAUAACAUUUAAGACAACAUAAUGAGAGUAUGACUAAGUAAACCAAAUGGACAGAAACCUACAUUGCUACGUGUUAGCGAUUAGCAUCAUAGCAUUGGCAUAUAGUGAUCUAUUAGUGGUUAACUUUAGCAUAACAUUAGCAUUGGCUAUAUUAAAGUGAACACACAGUAAUCUUUUUCCUCUUUAACACAGCCUGUCAAUAGAUAAAUGCUUAAUGCCAACGUAAUGUUCAGUAUAAACACCGAUACGCUUCACAUCUGGAAACCCGGUGAUUACUGGUAAACUUUUAUUAUUGUAGGGAGAGAGCUGACGAAAGCAAAUUUAGUAUUUUCUCAGAUUUUGUUCAUCUUUUUAAAGUGGGUGGGCUUCAGCCAUUAGUCAUUAUAUAACAAAGUCUGUGCCUGGUGCCAAAAUGUUCUUUCUGUGGAUGCCUUUGUAAUUACGGUCAUACUGUACAUAUUUGUGACAAACUCACUGGGGGGCCAGUCGUGGAAAUCCACUGUAAAGGUUAUCUUCCAUGUUUCAAGAUGGGCAUAAAUGUGGUGUUAUGAAUGUGUACAUGCUGUAUAUCUAAAUUGUUUAAUAUUCAAAAACCUCCACUUGGCACAGGUAGUUUUGACAUUUUACAGUAUAUUUGCACCUGUUGGCUUUCAAAACAUUUAAAAUUCUUUGAAACUGUUAUUGUUAUGGUUUGAAUGUAAAAUGGUUUUGUUGCUGGUAUUCUAUUCACUUUUGCAUUGUUAGGAUUCUUUAAAUCUGAUAUAGCACUCAUACUGGGUCAGUUAACUGUUUUUAAUGUUGAGUUUGGGUCGUAGCAAAUAAAUGAAAAUUUUUAACUAAAUUAUAUAUAUUUUUCCCCUCCCCCACCUCUCAGGAGGUCCUGCCAUUUCUCACAGUUCUGUGAAACAAACGUGAACGGCAGCUUGUCUGGUCACAGCAAAUCACUGGGUUUGAAUGUUAAGCUGUCAUCAUAAAUUUCAUGUCUGUCACUCAAAAAGUCUGACUUCACACCUUUUGCUCAUGUUUUGUCAGUUGUUGGGAAAAUAAUGUUGCCUCUCCAGCUUGGUGAAUGCCAUGUUUCAAAGAAAUGACAAAGUUGGCUCAAGAACUUUGAAACAAAUGUGUGCAUGCUGUACUGUGUUCUUGUUGGUUUAUAUCACAGAAAUUUGUAAUAAAACAAAAUUCUUGCAUUAA